AUGGCGACUCCCGCUCGUUCGCUGGAGUCCCCGCCGGCCGCGGAUCCGGCGCCAGCAGCAGGGGCUGCCGAGGACGCCGAGUGCCCGCCGCCUCGCCAACCUCAGCCCCCGCAGAAUGUUCUCGCUGCCCCGCGGCUUCGAGCCCCAAGCUCCCGAGGACUUGGGGCAGCGGAGUUCGGCGGAGCUGCGGGAGAUGCUGAAGCGCCAGGAGAGACUUUUGCGCAACGUAAAAUUCAUUUGCAAAUUGCCCGACAAAGGUAAAAAGAUCUUAGACUCCGUCGCCAAACUGAAAGCUGCCAUUGCAGAACGUGAAGAAGUUAAAGGAAGAAGUGAACUCUUUCAUCCCGUUAGUUUAGACUGUAAGGAGAGGCAAAAAGCAAUUACAGUUGUUGAUGGGGACACAGAUAAGGCCCAGAAUUCUGACCAGAUACUUGAUACUUCAUCACCAGUUCCUGGCUGUUCCUCUGUAGGUAACAUCACAUCAUCUCAGACAACCUCACAACAGGAACUGGCACAUCCGACUCUCGGUGGCGAUGCUGAGGUCCCUGAGGCUGAAAACACAGUGAGCGAACGCCUAGCUUCCAGCAUCAGAACUGCCAUGCCUUCCUCAUCUGCAGCUAGUGAGCCCCUCACUCAGAAUCGUGCUUCAAGUCAAGCGGAGGAUCAUACUAGCAGCUCGGACAACCUGUUUAUUGAUAGAUUACAAAGGAUCACCAUUGCAGACCCUGUUGAACACCACUUAGAAGAAAACCAGAGUCCUGAGAACUUGGCCGGCCUUUGGAGUGGGCUACAGAAGAAGCCGCAUUACAUGGAAGUGCUAGAAAUGCGAGCCAAAAACCCCGUGCCCCUACAGCAUAAAUUUAAAACCAAUAUAUUACCUUCACAUCAAUGUGAUUCGUUGAGUCCUUGUCAGAGGAGGGGGUCUCCUGUCUCCUCAGAAGAGAGACGGCACAGGGACAGGAAGCAUCUCGAUGACAUCACAGCAGCCCGGCUUCUGCCACUCCACCACAUGCCUACACAGCUGCUCUCCACAGAAGAGUCGCUGGCACUUCAGAAACAGCAGAAACAGAGUUAUGAGGAGAUGCAAGCCAAGCUCGCAGCACAAAAAUUAGCUGAAAGGCUGAAUAUUAAAAUGCAGAGCUAUAAUCCAGAAGGGGAGUCUUCAAGGAAAUACCAAGAAGUAAGGGAUGAAGGCGAUGAUCAGUCCUCCGAUGAUGAAUUCUGAAGAUGGGCAUUUGGAUCUUCUCCUAAAUCUCUGCCUGUUGAGAUCUCAUUAUCUUACAUCAGACUUUCUAACAAGUAUCAAGAUCAGUGUCAGACAUUGUUGAGACAAAGAAUUUUGUCAAGUUACAACAAGGAAGCUAUAAAAAUAGCCCACUUUCAGAAGUUAACUUUCAUGUGCUUGAAAAGUUUAAUAUUUGAAUAUUGUGUUUAAUCACAUUAUAUUAAACUUUUGCAGUA